AUGCCUGCUCAUUUAACUGAAUUUGAAAUCACUUUAGCUCUCCUGUACCUUCACAGGCUAGUUGUCCAGUUGUCGGAGAAAGUCGCGGCCAGACUGGCGUCUGCAUGCGACGUGGAAGGGUGUCCUGCCAUGCCACGCGAAGAAGAUCCAAAGCCAGAAGCGGAGGCAGCGGCCAAAGCAGCAGCAGCCUUUGCUGCUGCGGAGAAGCAAGAACGCGAGGAUACAUGA